AUGGGUGAAUCUAUUAAUUUAGUUACAUAUUCUGAUGUGUUUCAUUUUUUUAAUAUCAGAGAAACACACUUUCCUAAUAUAGAAAUAGGAAAAAUUCCUCAAAAUUUAUUAGAUCAGUAUAAUUUAAUUGAAUUUUCGAAUCUUAGAGCUACUGCUCUCAGAGGAUAUAAUAAAUGUUUGGAGUUUAGAUCUAAAGUUGUAAUUCCGUCUGAGAUUAAAGAUGAAAUAAAGAAGAUAAAGAUUCACAGUAAGUAUUGUAAAAAUGAUACACUUGCUGAAAAAAUAAAAGAGAUGUGGAUACAUAAAAGUAAUAAAAGUAAACCAGUUAAAGAAAAAGUUGAUUUAUCAAAAAAAUUUCAUGAUCAAUUUUAUAUUCCCAGAACAAAAACUGAUAAAAUCACUUACGAGACUUCUUUUGGUAUAAAAAGAAAAGAUUAA